GCGUUGCUUUGGCCUUGGGUCUGUUUGACACAACUUUAUCGGCGGUCAUGGACUUAUUGGUAAUAUUAUGUCUGAUAGUCUUAAGCAACUCCGGAGGUUUAUCAGAUUUAGACGGGGCUGAAGCUGCGGAAGCGGACACACCAGCGCCUCGGAGGUGCACCAUUGGCUUUCAACUAUGCAAGGAUGGCAGCGAGUGCGUCCUCAUCCGAAAUCUCUGCGACGGAGAAGAAGACUGCAAGGAUGGAUCUGACGAGGAAGACUGCUCAGUAGGAUGCGAAACAGAUCAGUUUCAGUGCGCUCAUGGGAAGAAGUGCAUUGAUAAGACGGAGGUGUGCGACGGAGUGGCUCAGUGUCAGGACCGCUCCGACGAGACGGACUGUUGGAAGCCCACGCCGACCUGCGCGCUUCGCUGCGACAACAAGACGCGCUGCGUCCCGGAAUCCUUCCUCUGCGACGGCGAACGGGACUGUCUGGACGGCACUGACGAGGAAAGUUGUGCGGACGAGGACUGCGGCAGCGGAGAGUUCCGCUGCGGCAGCGGCCAGUGCCUGUCUGAGCACGUGCAAUGUGACGGGCACGCGGACUGCCCGGAUCGCUCGGACGAGAAGGGCUGUGGCAGGGCCUCGGACUGCCCCACCCAGCGCCGGUGCCCCCGCAGCGGCGAGUGCCUGCUGGACGAGUGGAUCUGCGACGGGGAGGACGACUGCAGGGACGGCACCGACGAGAAGGACUGUAAGGUGGCCCAGAUAAAGUGUGGAGAGUUCCAGUGGUCCUGUGCCUCUCAGACCGAGUGUGUCCCGAUGUCCUGGAGGUGUGAUGGUGUGAAGGACUGCAAGGAUGACAGCGAUGAAACCGGAUGCCCGGGGGUGAAGUGUCCCUCUCACCAGUUCCAGUGUGGCACAGGAGAAUGUCUGGACCCUAGCCUGGUGUGUGACGGGACCUCAAACUGCCCCGACGGCUCGGACGAGGGGGGGGCCUGCGCCAGCAGCAACUGCUCCGGCCCAGACGCACCCCGCUGUGCCCAAAACUGCUACCGCGUGCCCCAAGGCAUGAGAUGUGCCUGCAUGGCGGGAUUCAGGCUGCAGACGGACGCCGUGUCCUGUGUGGACGUUAACGAGUGUGAGGAGACUCUUCCUCGGGCGUGCAGCCACACCUGCCUCAACACCCAGGGGUCCUACGAGUGCAGCUGUCACCCUGGUUACCUGCUGGAACCCGAUGCCCGUAGCUGCAAGAUCACAGCAGGAGAGCCGGGGCUGCUGGCAGCCGUGCAGCACGAGCUCCUGCUCUUCAGCCUCCGCAACGCCACCCUGGACGUCCUCUUCGCUUCGGGCAAAGGCGCCGUCCUCUCCCUGGACUACGACUGGAGAGAGCGGACCGUCUUCUGGGUCAGCCGAGACGCAGACAGCAUCAAGUGGAUCUCGCUCGACCAGAGGCACAUGGGCACCAUGAUCAAAGGCGUCAAACUGGACUGCAUUGCAGUGGACUGGGUGGGAAGGAACCUGUACUGGACCGAUGGUGUUGGGGGUCAGAUCCUUGCCACUGGACUCAACACCACUGCCACCGAUGCUUGGAGCUUCACUGUGGUUCUGGAUGAGGAUCUGGAGCAGCCUCACUCUCUGGUGCUACUGCCACAGAAAGGGCUGAUGUUCUGGUCUGAAAUCGGGAGCGAGCCGCAGAUAGAGCGAGCGGGAAUGGACGGGUCGGGCCGGGAGGUGGUGGUCAGCCGGAGCCUUAGCUGGCCGGCCAGCCUCUCUGUGGACCCUCUGGAAGACAGGGUCUACUGGACCGACGAGAAGCUCAAGUGCAUCGGGUCCGCCACGUUCGACGGAGGAGACAUCAAGAUCAUCCAGUUGAUGGAGAUGUCCAGCCCCUUUUCUGUCAUGGUUUUCAAUGAUAGGAUUUACUGGUCCGACACCAAGAGAAGAACCAUACAGAGUGCUCACAAGGACUCUGGGAAGGAUAGGGAAGUUCUGCUCAAACGGCUUGGGCAACCUUUUGGGCUUAAGGUGAUCCACGAGCUGCUGCAGCCGAACAGGGGCGACCCGUGUGCCGAACGGGCCUGCUCUCACCUGUGCCUGCUGGCCCCAGGUCCGAGGGGCGUGUGCCACUGCCCGUCCGGCCUCCUGCUGGCUGCCGACGGGACCACCUGCGCUGCUCCUGCUCCUGAGGAUGAGUCCUUCCUGCUCCUGCUGUCCCCCACUGCAGUCACACAGAUCUACCUGCGGGGGGUGCGUGGGGGGGUGCAGCUGCAGGGCUGGCCGGAGCACCGGGCCGUGUCGCUGGGUCACGUUAACGAGCCGACGGCGCUGGACCUGGCGGUGCGGGACAGGCGGCUGUACCUGGCGGACGCGGGGCAGGGCGCCAUCGGGCUGUACGGGCUGGGCGUGGCGCUGGGGCUGCAGGGCGUGGCGCUGGAGCCGCAGGGCGUGGCGCUGGAGCCGCAGGGCGUGGCCGUGCAGCUGGAGGGCGACACGGUGGCGGCGCUGGCGCUGGACUGGGUCACGCUCAACGUGUACUGGAGCGGCAGCGAGCGCCCGCACAUACGGGUCACCGCCCCCGGGGGGAGGCGCAGCGCCACGCUGCUCCACAAGGGGGUGCAAUCCCCCGUCUCCCUGGCCCUGCACCCCCCCUCCGGCUGGCUCUGCUUCGUGGACCUGGGCCGGCCAGACCACCCGGACCCCGCCCGGCUGGAGUGUGCCUUCAUGGACGGGCGAAACCGCACCCUGCUCUGGAAGAGGGCUGCCACGCCCACCUCGCUCUCCUUCUCUGACGACGGAGCCCAGCUCUACUGGGCCGAUAUCGAUGCUGGGGUCAUCGCUUCGAUCCGACUCGAUGGUUCUGGAUACCGGGAGCGUCAGACUGGGGGCGGGUCCAUUCAGGCGUUCGCUUGCGGAGACGGGAUGCUCUUCUGGGCCACACGCAACGACACGAGCAAGGUUUGGUUCGGGGACGGCCUGAAGUCCAAAACGCUGUGGUUCGAGGUGAAGACGGAAGUGGUCAGUUUGAAGGCUUAUGGCAAGGGCAGUCAGAAAGGAUCCAAUGGCUGCUCACACAAGAACGGGGGCUGCAGUCACCUGUGCCUGGCCUUCCCUGGGGGGCGAACCUGCCGGUGCGCUCAGGACCAUCGCCCCGUCAACACCACGGACUGCGCGCCGGACUGCCCCCCCGACUCCAGACCCUGCCGGGACGGGCGCUCGUGCACCCCCCUCUCCAAAGUCUGUGACGGCCACCCCGACUGCGCGGACCAAUCAGAUGAGGACUGUGAGUCAGGUUUAAACAGCUCAGUGAAGACACCUGCCGAUCCCCAGGACGGUACGCUCCCCCCCGUGUCCGUAUCCGGGGCCACGCCCGUCCUGGCCACGCCUGUCCCAGCCAUGCCCACGUCCCCCCCAGAGGACGGGCGUGUCCCAGUGGAGAGCCUGGACGCACAGCCGUGCGGGGAGCGGCUGUGUAACGGGCGUGGCGGGUGCGUGAGCCAGAACGGCGAGGCCGUCUGUGAGUGUGAGGCGGGGUUCAGUGGAGAGUUCUGCCAGGACGGCGUCUUCGCCUUCGCCGCGCUCCGCACCCCCCUCGCCUACGGCGCCAUCGCGCUGGUCGCCGCCGUCAUCGUGGUCGGCGUCGUGCUGGGUGUGAGGAAGAGGAGGAUGACUCAGAGGAGGGCAAGGACCGCUGCCAAGGAGACCAGCUUGAUGGACAUGGAGAAACGGACAGAGGCGUCGUCCAACCAGAACGGCAAAAAGGACACGUGUGACCCCGCAGAGGAAUUACCUCCCCUGUAGACUGAAGUUCUGCAUCACCUGAAGUGUGCACCCUUUGUAUUAAAUAAAUCAGAUUUUUGCAUAA